UACCAUGACUACAAUUAUCCCUCACACAGCCACUCAUUGUAUUUCUCUCGCGUAAAGCUCUCGGUUAGCUUCUUCUUUGAACUUUCAACACCGUUCGACAAGCAAUUCAAUUCCUGAGAGACUUCCUUUGGCGUUGCUAAUUGCGUGGGUACAAUGUCGUUGCUGCUUUUUGCCGGCCUUUUUACUAUGGCAUUUUCGACCGACAGCGGAGAUGCUGGAAUUCUUCGACGCGUUUCAUUACGGCAUCACAUCUGGAGUGCGUCUUCCGUUUGUCUUCGGUCUUUUUUCUUUUUAUGUACCGUUCGCCUCUCGUUCGGGACGGAUCGAGUGGUAAGUUGAAUUUGAUCAAUCUUGACACUCUUCUUUUCUUGCUCUAAAUCAUCACAUCUCUUUCUUUCCGUUGUGGCGCCGCUUCUUUCCACUAUAGUGGCAACCUCUCAGGUCUAUCGUUUACCCGACGUGGUCGAUGGUGGUCGAUGGUGGUCAAUCUCUUAUAAUGUCCUUUCUUUGUCUAAGUCGUGUACAUUGACAAUUAUCACUCAUUCGAACUCAUCGACACUCCCACAGCAAGCUGGCUGCCUCGCCAGCUCUCCUGCAGACCAGCCAUCAUGUCUCCAUCAAUAUCAAACUUCUUUAGCAGACCAGGUCGACCGUUCGACAUAGACAACUACCUGAAUCCCUACAUCCCCCGGAAUCCAACAUACCUCCUUCCCACAUGGCUGUCAUUCUGGUUCGGCUACCGCGCACCACGCUCCUCGCCAACGUCUACGCCAUCCCCUCGCCCCUUCCACACCCUCACGCUCUACAUGUCCGUCAUGAUCGGCGCUUUCUGUGGCGUCGCCAUCAUCGAGUCGGUCUUCCGCGCGCUACCGCCCUUGUCAGGCCACGCCGUUCCCAUCGUCAUCGCCUCUUUCGGCGCCGCCGCGAUCUUGGAGUACAACACGGUCGAAUCACCACUUUCUCAGCCGCGAAAUUUGGUGUUCGGACAUUUUCUCUCCGCCACCGUAGCCGUGGGGAUUACCAAGCUAUUCGAACACCUCCCGCCGCAGCGCUUCGAUGACCUGUGCUGGCUUGCGGGCGCGCUGGCCGUCGGCGUGGCGAGCAUGAUUAUGAGCUUUACCAAGACGGUGCAUCCGCCCGCCGGGGCCACGGCACUGUUGGCAGCGACGAGUGUCGAGGUGCAGGAAUUGGGAUGGUGGCUUCUGCCGCUGGUGCUGCUGGCGUCGAUGUUGAUGCUCACGAGUGCGCUCGUGUUGAAUAAUGUCGCCGGACGGCGGUUCCCGGUGUAUUGGUGGACGCCGGUUGAUUUGAAGGCGCUGCGGGAGGAGAGGAGGAAGGAAAGAGAGGGCGAGGGGGAUGUGGAGAAGGGCGAUGGUCGAAGCGGCAGUGGAGGAGGAGUGGAAGGCAUUAGUGACGCGGAUACCGAGAUGGGGUCGAAUGGGAACGCGGACGAUUUGAGGAAGCAAGAGAGUGGUGCCACGAGGUUGUCAAGGUUGUCGAGGUCGGUCUCCAUUACCAGGGGAAGUAGAGUGCCGCAUCGGCUGUCGCUGGAGGAGUCCAGGUCAAGGGCUCGAGGAGAGGCUUCACAUCAAAGAAGGGCGGAAGCGAAGAGGGAGAAGGAGCAGGAGGAGGAGAACGACAACAGGAUCAUCAUCACGAGAGAAGAAAUUGUCGUGCCGGACUGGUUUGAUUUGAAUGACUGGGAAGAUGAGGUUUUGAGGAUAGUGAUGGAACGGCUGAGGAGUAAAGUGAGCGAGUGAGUUGGGGUUUUGGGAUUGUGCAUACCUAGCGUGCAUUUGUAGAGUCCACCUUUGGACGGAGUUGUUUUGGAUGCAUUCUCAGCGGAGGCGCGACAAAAUAUUGCACGGUGUUCGUCGGGGUUGGGUGAGGGUCAGACAUUGUUUACUAUACGGAGUCUUACGAAUCAUUUUAUGGUUGAGGAGAAAGAAAAUGUCAUGGCACUGUAAAUCUGUGAAAAGCAUGCUCUG